AUGCUAACAAGAAAGAUUAAGCUUUGGGACAUUAAUGCCCAUAUAACCUGUCGUCUGUGCAAUGGAUACCUGAUUGAUGCUACUACUGUAACAGAAUGCUUACAUACUUUCUGUAGAAGCUGCCUAGUGAAGUAUUUGGAGGAAAACAACACCUGUCCAACCUGUAGGAUUGUUAUACAUCAGAGCCACCCGUUACAGUAUAUUGGUCAUGACAGAACAAUGCAAGAUAUUGUUUACAAACUUGUGCCAGGCCUCCAAGAAGCGGAAAUGAAAAAGCAAAGGGAGUUUUAUCACAAACUGGGCAUGGAAGUUCCAGGGGAUAUCAAAGGGGAGACGUGUUCUACAAAACAACAUCUAGAGUCCCAUCGAAAUGGUGAAACUAAAACAGAUGAAAAUUCAAACAAAGAAACUUCUGAGGAAAAACAGGAAGAAGAUAAUGACUACCACCGAAGUGACGAACAGGUAAGCAUCUGCUUGGAAUGCAAUAGCAGCAAAUUGCGUGGAUUGAAACGAAAAUGGAUUCGCUGCUCAGCACAAGCAACAGUCUUGCAUCUAAAAAAGUUCAUUGCCAAAAAACUUAACCUUUCUUCUUUUAAUGAGCUGGACAUAUUAUGCAAUGAAGAGAUUCUUGGCAAGGACCACACGCUCAAGUUUGUAGUUGUUACUAGAUGGAGAUUUAAGAAAGCACCUCUACUGCUACAUUACAGACCCAAAAUGGACUUGCUGUAAGAGAACUUUAUUGUCCUCCUGGACAGAGUAUUUUGCAGAGAAUAUCAUCUGGCACCUUCUUAGUGCAUCACUAAUCACAUGACACAAACCAGCUGAAUUUUGGAAGACUGUAGUGCUUUCAUAGCGUUCUUCUGAAUAUUUCUUCUAAGGAUGUGUUACCUAGAUUUCUGGACAGAAACUAUUUAUACUUUUUUUGUAUGGAAGGAAGAAGUCGCAACUCAACAAGACACUACCAGCACUAAGUUUACAGAUACUGAAAUCACUUCACAGUUCCAUGUAGCUCAGACUGAUUUAUCUCUUACAGUUACAAAAAAAUAAGUUAGAAUGUUGUGGGAUGAUUUUGAGAUGUUGCUUUUGACACCAAGUUUCAUUUAGUUGCUUUUCACAUUCUGAAUCUUUAAAAACUAUAUUUUUACAAAGUGUUGUUGUCUUAUAUAGUAUGCCUGAUUGCAUUUGCUU